CUACGUGCAGCUAUAUAUUUUAUUCUCAUAGUAUACGCCCUAUUAAAAAAGACAAAAUGUUACAGAGGCGUGUUUUUUUUUUUUUGUUAUGGUCAAAAACAAGCGCCGUCACGGGAGCAGCGCAUUGGAUCGGAUUCGGCCAUCCCUCGCAGCCAAUGGAAAAGUUGAAGCUGCUUCUCUCUCCCCUUGCGACAACCUUUCAAGUACUAAGUUAUUAUUUCCUUUCCUCCUGUUUUAACCCUACUUAAGCUCACUUUUACCCCCCUAUCCCUUUUCUCUCUCCCCGUUAUUCUCUUCUCCCUCUUCCCAACCCGUCUCUACAACCCCACAACACAGUACAAUGGGUGACCACAACCGAUCCACUCUUUCCGGCAAUGGCUCUGCCGCCAAUGCUUCCGAUGCCGCUGCUUUCAACAAGGGCAAGGGCAAGGCUAUUGCUGAUGACCCGAUGGAUAUGAGCAUGGAUGAGGAGGAAGAGGAAAGCGAAGAAAGUGAGGCUGAGGAGAUGAUGCCUGAUGGCGAGGAGGAGGAGGACGACGGCGAACUUGAGCCCAUCUCUCCCUCCAACAUCAUCGAUGGCGGACGACGCACCCGCGGAAAGAACAUCGAUUUCCAGCAAGCGGCUGAGAAGCUCAGGGCGGACUCGAUGGAAGAUAGUGACGAGGAUGAGGACGACGAGGAUUUUGAGCCUCGCGAUGAUGACAACAAGAUGCGCGGUUAAUCGAAAUACCUAAUGGUUCAAUACGAACAAACCUAGGGGAUAUGGGUGCGACUCGGAUUCAAAAUAGGCGCAGUUAUGGGGGUUUUCUUUAUAUUUCGAACUGAUUUAUCUGAUGCUGUGGCAUAUUCAUGAGAUUGGACGAAUGGAUUGAUGA